AUGUACCAGAUAUAUUAUUAUAUAGUCAGAUCGCGAGAUUAUGUUGCGUUAUGCAAUUUAGCCAAGACUAUAGCCUUCUAUCUUGCAUACAACCCUUAUUUCACACCUAUUAAAACCAUGGCCUUUUAUCUUGCAUACUUUUAUACUCUUAUAUCAAUAAGGAAGAAAACGGCAAUCAUAAAAGAGAAACAACAGAAGCUUGUUUUGCAUUUAAAGUUGUAG